GAUACCUGCUCAGAAUGAAAGGAAUAAUAUUCUGGGUUUUUGCCAUUGUGAUGCUCUCACCUGCUAAAGGUGAAGAAGAGGAGCAGAUGAUGGAUUUGGAGGGACAGGAGCAAGAAGAAGAGUACCUGGAGUGUUUCCGCUGUGAUCUGGGCUUCUGGGAUGCAUGCUAUACGACAGAAACCAACUGCAGCCGAGGGGAGCUCUGCUACACGGGCAGAGGGAAGGCAGCCGAUUCCCUGGAUAUAAAGACACUGGGCUGUGCGAAGGCCGAGGAGUGUAACGUGGAGACGACGCUGGAGCUUUUUUUUAAUAAUAACAUCUUUGUCAUGACCAAGUCCUGCUGUGACACCCCUUUCUGCAACUCUGCACAAAAAAUACCCAUUGGCACCCUUUUUUAUCUGACUUUGGCUGUUUUAACCACUCGUUACACCACUAAAGACUUGGUCUGAUAAAAAAGCAACAAAAAAAUAAAAUAAAUUUUUUUUCAUAUGUGUUGUAAAAAAUGGUUGAAGUUAUGCUGAAGUUACCUCAGGCAGGAAAAAACUGCCAUGUUUGCAAGAUCUGCAAAAUGUUUGUACUAAGGGAUAAAUAAACACUAGAUAUUUGUAACACACAAACAAUGUACAUUUAUACCGUAAUCAAGUAAUUGUGUUUUUAUUAACACUGAAACUAGGACAUGCGCACGCUACUUAAAUUUCAUUUAAAUUUCUUACUAUUUAAACCAUAUAAGUUAAAGAGUAUCUCACUGAGGAAUGAAAAAAUGUUUGCAACAGUUGAAGAGUUUAGCUGCGCUUCAGCAGCUCUCCAGCAGAGGGCAGUAGUUCAUCUUUCAUGAAACUCUGCAGAUCCACAUCUUUGUCCUCCAGUUCAAGACUCAAGAACUUCUCCACCACAGACUGGCAUCUGUUGAUCAAAU